AUGAAAAUCACUAGUGUUAUUCUAUUAUCGUCACUGGUUGUGGCUGAUGUUUCAAAUUUGUAUGGGAAGUGGACUGCUAAUGAUCUACAACAAUACUUGAAAGACCAAAAGGGUCAAUUGCAAGAUGCAAGUGAAGAGUCUAUCCAAAAUCUCAGAGAAGCUGCGACGGACCUAUGGAAUGCUAAAACGCAGCCCAAACCGUGGUGGAAAUUUUGGGAGAAUGACAAACAAAGCAGUUUGUCGAGAUUUAGCGCCAGCGAUUCGCCUAUUUCAGACUGGUUCUUUGACACAUGGACCAGUGACGAGUUGCGUAAAUUGCUAUCGCGUACCAAAGUCUCAUAUAAUUCGAAACUGUCUAGAGAUAAACUUGCAGAGAUCGCUAAGAAGAAUUUCGACAAGGUCUCUUCGAAACUCGGGAACUCAGGAUUAUAUCCCUCUGAAUCGUACUUCAGUGACUGGGAUGAAAAGGAUAUUAAAGGGUGGUUGGACUCGUACGGAAUCUCCUAUGACAAGGCGCAUGCUAAGAAGGACGAGUUAUUGAGAGCAGUAAGAGAAAAUAUAUACGCGGCGUCGCAGUAUGCAGAGGACGAACGUGUGAACAUCUUAGAAUCAGUCGAUUUGUCUAAUCAGCAAAUUGCUGACAAAGCGGGCAAACUUAGGGACGAAAUUUUCGACAAUUGGUCAACAAAAGAUAUUACUGAUUGGUUAAAGAGCCAUCAAAUCCAAAUUGCCGAGAAAUCUGCCGCGAACAGAGAUUAUCUUUUAGAUCUAGCAAAAGAGAAUAAGGAUUUAUUGAAGGAUGACAUCGAUUGGUACUUGGAAGUUGCUAAGAAAAAGGCUUCUCCAUACGUUUCGAAAUCCGAGUCAGCAGUUGCAUCUAUCUGGGAAAAAACCAUGGGUAAGAUCAACUCCAUCAAAGAUAAGUUCUAUAAAAGUGAUAACAUUGUGAACCAUACAUUUUUAAUCGGGGUUGAGAAUUGGCCAAAAAGGAAACUAAAGGCUUUCCUUGACUCCCGUGGAGUCUCUUACUCCAUUUUUAGCACCCGUGCUGAUUUGCUGGAGAUGGUAAAAGAGUACAAGGAUAAACCAUUGAAACGUAUUGCUGACUCACCCGCAGUUUCGGAGUUUCUUGAUGCUUGGUCGUAUGAGAAUGUGAAGAAUUGGGUCAAAGAUAAGAAUGACGAAAUCACCUCUUCGGAAGCUUACAAGUCUGCCAGCCGCAAAGUCAAUGAACUUCUUGAAAAGGCUCAUCAUCAUGGCGUCAAGGGUGCAUCUUAUGCGCAGGCAAAAGGUGCUAAGGCCGCUUCACAAGCAGUUUCCUAUGCUCAAGACAAGGGAGCUGACGCUGCUUCAUACGCGGAAGACAAGGGUACAGACGCGCUAUCGUAUGCUAAAGAAAAAGGGGCAGUUGCAGCUUCCUAUGCAGCCUCAUAUGCCCAAGAAAAAGGCUCUGAUGCCGCCUCGUAUGCACAAGACAAAUCAGAGGAUGCUGCUACUUAUAUAAAAGAAAAGGGCACAGAUGCAUGGUCAUACGCUCAGGAAAAAGGAAGUGAUGCCGCUUCGUAUGCUCAAGACAAAGGUACUAAAGCAGCCUCCAGUGCUGCGUCACUUGCCCAAGAAAAAGGCUCUGAGGCAACUAAAGCCGUUGCCCAGACUCUUUCUCAACAAUAUGAUGAAUGGACUGAGCUAUUUCAAUCAUGGUCCACAGAUGACCUUAAGAGAUAUGUGAAGAGUUUUGGAAUAAAAACAUCCCCAACUUCCACAAGAGAGAAGCUUUUGCAACAAGCUAAAGACAAUACAUUGUGGUUUUUUGGCCGUUAUGAGGAACCUUUUUAUAAGAGAGUCCCUAAAAAAAUCAGAAAUUUAAUGACCGAUAGUUACAGUAUUGUGUUCCAUCACUAG